AUAGAAAACUGAGUUGAAGUGACGCAUAAAACCCUCAGCUGUUUUUGUUAUGUAGCCUACUGUUGUGUGUGGUGAAGUUAAUAACACUAUAAUAACAACGUCGUCCUACGAAAGUGAAAGGAUACCGGUGAUACUGUGAGCCCCAUUAGACUUCCACGCUGCGUGGCUGUUUCUCUUAUUAAUGACAGUUGAUAUAUCUUUAGCUUUCCCCUCUCUGAAGUCAGUGCGCGUGGCGCUUUCGCUUCUGGGGAGAGGAGCGGGUGUUCUGAGAUAAUCGAUUCGGACCCAAGUCUCUCAACUAGGGCAGCGCGAAGUUAAGAAAACUGGUGGACGAGAUGGAGACAAGAGAGACAUCAGACGGUCCGGAACGGCCUCAAGGCUUGAUCUGCGCCUCGUUUAACCAGGACACCACGUCCUUGUCUGUGGGCACCAAAGCUGGCUACAGCCUCUUCUCUGUUACUUCUGUGGAGAAGAUGGACUGCAUCCAUGAGGGAGCGGAGUGUCCAGACGUGUACAUCGUGGAGCGUCUGUUCUCCAGCAGUCUGGUGGUGGUGGUCAGUCUCUCCAUGCCUCGCAGGAUGAACGUCUACCACUUCAAGAAGGGGACGGAGAUCUGCAACUACAGCUACUCCAACAACAUCCUCUCAGUCCGACUCAACAGACAGAGGUUAGUGGUGUGUCUGGAGGAGUCUGUUUACAUCCACAACAUCAAAGACAUGAAGCUGCUCAAAACGCUGCUCAACACCCCUUCCAACCCAACAGGUCUGUGCGCCCUGUCAGUCAACCAUGGUAACUCCUACCUGGCAUACCCUGGCAGUGCCACCGUAGGAGAGAUCAUUGUGUACGAUGCCAACAAUCUGAGCACGAUGACGAUGAUCCCCGCCCACGACAGCCCGUUGGCAGCCCUCACCUUCAACGCCUCAGGAACCAAACUGGCCAGUGCAUCUGAGAGGGGAACCGUCAUCCGAGUGUUCACCAUCCCAGAGGGACAGAGACUGUUUGAGUUCCGCAGAGGCAUGAAGAGGUAUGUGAGCAUCAGCUCCUUGUCCUUCAGCGCUGACGCCCAGUUCCUCUGUGCCUCCAGCAACACAGAGACCGUUCACAUCUUCAAACUGGAAGUACACAGCCCUAGCCGGGAAGAGGAGUCUCCCACAUGGUCUGCAUAUGUGGGGAAGAUGUUCUCUGCUGCCAGCACCUACCUGCCCACCCAGGUGUCAGACAUGAUGCAUCAGGACCGGGCCUUCGCCACCGUCAGGCUCAACAUGUUCGGUCUGAAGAACGUCUGUGCCCUCGCCACGGUCCAGAAGCUGCCUCGGCUGCUGGUGGCCUCCUCCGAUGGACACCUGUACAUCUACAACGUGGACCCUCAGGACGGAGGGGAGUGUGUGCUGGUCCAGAAACACAGACUGUUUGAGACCGGUGAGGAGUUAGUUGAGCCUGAAGAAGAGGCGGAGUCAGAGGAAGGACUGCCCCAGCCAGCCAACCAAUCGUAUGCUGCCACUGUCGCCCUCUCCUCAACCCCACCCUCCUCAUCUGCUCUCACAGGCUACUCGGAGGAUGGGGGGGCCCAGAAGGGUGAUGUCAUCCCAGAGCAUGAGUUUGCUGAAGCACCUGUCUGUCUGGACGACGAGAACGAGUUUCCACCAGUCAGCAACCAGAGCAACUGACCCCGCCUCCCCAUCCCCUGAAACCAAUCAGACCGUCUCCAGGCAGGAGAGAAGUGUUCAAACAUCCCAGGUCCCACCCCUAGGACCCCAGUGAGCCAGUCAGAUGCAAGAGAAAGCCAGACGACCAAUAGAAGCGUAUUCGAAGAGAUGUGUGAGAACCAAUGGAGGCCUCUCCCAGACCUGCUCCCAGACACACCUACUUACCCACUCCCAGACCUACUCACUUGCUCCAAGACCCACCUGCCUACCUGCUCCCAGAUCCAGAUAUCAUCUCUUGACAGCAGUGUAAAGCCUGUCUCUGUCAAUCAUCUCUCAUAUCAGUAUAUUAUCCCCUAGCCCGCUGUUUCCAUGGCAGCAGUCCACCAGCCAGCAUGUUUCCCUGAAUGCAGCUCGCCUAACAUGGCUGAUUGUAGCCGGGUGGCAGGGAUCUGCUGACUCAUCACAGCAGCUGUAAUCUGUUUUCCAUCCUCCACAGCAGGCUGGCUGAUAGACUGACAGGCAGGCCCGGGUUCAACAAUCCAGCUCCAGAAACCCAUUGCCUGGGCAAAGGAGCAGGGGAACAUUUCUAGUGUAUGUAAAGUGCUUUUCAGCAGCUGAAACGUCUAAAUGUAUUGUAUCUAACAUUAUGUAUAAUGUUUGGCUAUAGUGCAACAUGUAGGUGCUUCCUGUCGGACCAUGUGACGUCCUUUAUUGACGGGACACACUUCAGAGGGGAGUGUUUGGGGGACAGACAAGUAGAGGGGGGGCAUGUGAAAGAGAAGGGAACUUAUCAACUGGCAUUAGCUGUGUCCCACCCAGAGAUAGUGGGAGCCAGAGAGGCAAAGAGCCAGAGAUCCCCUGGGUCAAUGCUAAUUGUUAUCAGUGUGACGCACCAAACGCGUCCGCACCAAGUGCUACCUCUCAGACUUGUCGGUUGAUGGACUGAACUAAA